CUUGCAUUCGCGUUUAAAGCAGACUCGCUUCGCCCCCAUGCUCAGUAUCUUCUGCCCUCUCCAUGGAUCCCAUCGAAACUAGCGAAUCUGAGCGUCCCAGCAUCCAGCUGGGAGAGAAAAAGACUGUGAAUGAGUACCUGAACAUGGAUGCGGAGGACGAGUCUCUUCGCAAGUGGAAGGAAUCUCUUGGCAUCAAAAGUGACGGAGGCUACUCUCCUCCCAACGACCCUCGAACCGUGGUUGUUGAGCGCCUCACGCUGUUAGUUGACGGCGAGGAUCCUGUGGAGGUCGAUAUGCAGGAUGCAGAGAGUCUUGAACGAAUCCGUAAGCAUGGAUUCGCUAUUCGUGAGCGUUGUGUGUACCGCACUGUUGUUCGUUUUCGCGUUCAGCAUGAGGUCAUCUCGGGUCUGCAGUACGUACGCGUUGUCUCGCGUCACGGCAUCCCUGUGGACAAGUCUGCAGUCAUGAUUGGUUCCUACAGUCCAUCGAAGGAAGCCUACGAAUACACGACAGAGCCCGAGGAGGCACCUUCGGGCAUGCUCGCCCGUGGACACUACGAGGCCUCCUGCCGGUUCGUGGACGACGACAAGGUGACCCACAAGCAGUUCAAGUGGGCCUUUAAUUUGGUGAAGAAGUAAUUCUUGGACGCUCAUGCUCGCAUUAUACACUUUGCAUUAAUUCAUUCAUUCUUUUAAACGCGACAUGACGCGAAAAC